AUGAAGAAAAAGAACAAGGUCACCGUAAUGGAUCUUAUUCUGCUGUGGGCGUUGAAGGCUGUGAAACAGUUUAUCGAUAGGAUCAAUAGCUCAAACAACGAUCCGAACCGAAAAGCUGUAACCCCCGCGGUGGCCACAAGGUUCCUGUUGGCACGCAAAUAUGACAUCGCGAGGGCGUUGGCUCUUUACGAGCAACACGAGCUAAUCCGGCAACGGGAAGGGCUGUACGGGUUCGAUCCGAUGCUCGAUCCUCUGCGGGCGGAACUGGAGACGGGAAAGUUUACGAUAUUGCCCGGACGUGAUGCCAGUGGCGCAGCGAUCGCGCUCUUUACCGCCAACCUGCACUGCCCGGUGACAGUGACCCAUAAAACCACUCUCCAGGGAGUCGUCUAUCAGCUGGAUGUUGCGCUCCAAAACACCGACACACAGAAGGCCGGUCUGGUGUUUAUCUACGAUAUGAGCACCUCCAAGUAUUCCAACUUUGAUUACGAUCUGUCGCAGAAAAUUUUGACGUUGCUCAAGGGUGGCUAUCCGGCGCGGCUGAAAAAGGUUCUCAUCGUUACGGCGCCGCUUUGGUUCAAGGCACCGUUUAAAAUACUUCGACUGUUCGUGCGCGAGAAAUUAAGGGAACGCGUGUUUACCGUCUCGAUACCGCAGCUAAGCCUGCAUGUUCCUCGUGAGUCGCUUCCAGUUCGAUUAGGUGGAACGCUAGAAGUCGACCAUUCCUCAUGGUUGCUGCAUUGUUACAAAUCGAUGACGAAUCGUGAGGACGAACUAAUUGCCACAGCAGGGCAUCCGCAGCAACAGCAACAGUUGCCCGGCGGUGAGCAACAAACCACCGGUCCGUCGGUUGCGGCGAGCGGCACUAGUCCCGUGAUGGGAAGCGCCGGGAUAACGGCGAUUGCUACCGGCGGUGUGUCGGCACUGGAUGCUCACAACCCACUCACAACGUGUGCGCCAAAUACGACGGACUUGGCCAGCGUGGACUAUAACCACCGAACGGCAUCCCCAUUGGCGCAUGGCAAUGGCACACUCCUGGACGAUCAUCACAUAGGGGGGGUGGACAAUAGUAGUGAUAUUGGUGCCGCGGGGCACCAACACCACCACCACCACCAGCACACGGCCACCAGUGAGCUGUGGACGGAGAACCCACCGAGUAGCGCAUCGUCCGGAUUCAGCGACGACGACAGCCUGGCCGGAGCGGAAGGUGAUCCGAAAACGAUCGAUCAGAUCGUGCAGAUGGUUCGCGAGCGGGGCAAGCUGGGACUGAUCCGCGAGUAUGCCGAAAUUAAAGCCCGAGCACCGGAUGGUACCUUUACGCAUGCAAAGCUGAGAAACAACCUGGCCAAGAACCGGUACACGGACGUGCUGUGCUACGAUCACAGCCGGGUGGUGCUGUCACAGGAGGACGACGACCCUUCGACGGACUACAUUAAUGCCAACUUUGUCGAUGGGUACAAGCAGAAAAACGCUUACAUUUCCACGCAAGGCCCGUUGCCGAAAACGUCGUACGACUUUUGGCGGAUGGUCUGGGAGCAGCACUGUUUGCUGAUCGUUAUGACGACCCGCGUGAUGGAGCGGGGUCGGGCGAAGUGCGGCCAGUACUGGGAACCGGUCGAAGCGGGCGUCUUUGAGUUCGGCUGCUACCAGGUGCGGACAAUGUCGAUAGAAACCAACGAGGACUACACCGUAGUGGAGUUGGAAAUAAGAAACACUAAGACUGAUGAGGUGAGGUGCGUCUCGCACUGGCAGUUUACGAGCUGGCCAGAUUACGGAGUGCCGUCAUCGGCGAAGGCUAUGCUAAACUUUUUGCAACGCGCUCGUGAGAAGCAGGCCGAAAUGGUACGGUCACUGGGUGACCUGUGGGCCGGCCAUCCACGGGGGCCCCCCAUAGUGGUGCACUGUAGUGCCGGUAUCGGACGGACCGGGACCUUCAUUACGCUGGACAUCUGCAUAUCGCGCCUCGAGGAUGUCGGGACGGCCGAUAUCAAGGGCACGGUCGAGAAAAUUCGCUCCCAGCGAGCGUACUCGAUCCAGAUGCCGGAUCAGUACGUGUUCUGCCAUUUGGCGCUGAUUGAGUACGCCCUUUCUCGCUCCAUGCUGCAGUCGGUGGAUCUGUCCGAGUUCGAUGAGCGAGACGAUGAAUCGGACUAAAUCAUCCGAACCCCGAACACUCACUCACCAACCGCAUGUCGUUUGCGUCUGCACAUGUUAUGCGAUUUCGUUGGGACGCGAUUAAAUUAAACCGUAGUCCUAGAACUGAUCCCCCAGCGAUGGUGAAACAAGACUAAUUUUUUUUUUCAUUGCUUUGGCCAUUUUGUUCUGGUUUCUAUUUUCCUCUCUCAACGAUUCAUUUGAAUUCAUCAGUGGGGGCACCAUUGUCGUUUUCGAGACAAUGUUGGCCACUCGUAGGCCGCUGUUUGGUUGACCAAUCGAAAAAGCAUAACAUGUGCAUAACACAACCGACACACAAGCUCGCAGUUCAAAGAGUCCAAUUAGAUUUCAUGUGACAGCAAGGUGUGUGGUCUCUUACAAUCAAAAACCAACAACAGUUCCGCGAAAAUUGUACGAUAAUUUGAGCUAUUCUUUUGAAACAUAGUAUUUCUCACAGUGGUAAACAAAUUUAGGGAAAAUAGCUAUCCUAAGUAAAUACAAAGGUAAGAAAGGCAGUGUCCAGUCCAGUGAAGUGCGAAGGAAGGGAAUAACGUUGAAGCGGCGCGGCGGUAGAACAGUAGUAGUAGUGGCCGAAAGGCGUUCGCAGUCAGUCGGCACGACGGCGGAAGGCGCAAAUAGAGAAAAGAAAUCAAAGGUUAUUUUUUCUAUUUAUUUUAACUUUAGAGGGAGAAAGGUAACUGCGAGUAAAUAUAUAGACAUAAACAUAUUUAAAAUUAGACCAGUAACGCGUCGGGGCAGCACGGUCUCGUGACGUGCUUGGAAAUAUCAUUUACAUGGGGAGAGCAGUAGCGAAACAAUAACUAAAGCGAAUCGAAGCGACUCUGAGCACCGGAGCAGCUAUUCGCUUCGCAUUCUGAUAGCAAACUGAUAACGUACACACGAUCGCGUCGGACGGGGAAACGAAUUUGUUCUACCAUAGGGCAAAUAAUCAAAUGGUAUUGUCAUUUAGCGUAAGCCAACUUAAAGUACUCAAAGCAUUACCACCACACUUCUUUUCGUCCGAAGUCGCUAAACGGGGCCAGAGGUGAUAACACUUUGUGCGUAGGAAGAGGUCCCCCCCCCCACCCCCACAAGUUGCUGUUACUCAUUUUUCCUACUCGUAGGGCGUGACCAGUGACGCUGGGCACUGUAUUAAUGUUGGAAGCGGGAAUAACGGCACCGCAUUCAGGCAUUUCCUAGCUACCUACUGCAAAGCGAGGUAAUAAUCACUAAAAUGGAGGCGCUCGACAGACGCUGUGAGAGGACUAAAGGAGGUUGAAAAUAUAGCCCUGACAACAAAUAAAU